GUAAAGACUAUAAGGGCUGGGGGUAAAUUAUUCCUAUGUUAACAUUAAAUUAAACAAAACACAAUCAAAUCUAAACAGCUUCAAGAAACAAAUCGCUUACUUCAUUACACCGAAUUCAUCUAGCCGGGAAACGCUACCGGUGCUCGUCGUCGGCCGUUAUAAACACUGAGAAACUCCGUCCAGUUUACAGAGAAACACAAAUGGAUUCAUCACAAAGUCCAUCUACCGGGGGAAAUGGGACGCCGGUUUCUCAAACUAACGAUACUGCAGCUUCUGCAGCAGGAGCUGAUGAUUCUAUGCAAAACCUGAACCAGAUCAGCAACUCCAUUCAGAAAACCUUGGGCCUUAUCCAUCAGCUUUAUCUUACCGUCUCUACCUUCAAUGCUGCCUUUCAAAUGCCACUCCUUCAACGCAUAAAUGGUCUUGUUGCAGAGCUUGACAACAUGGUCAAAUUGGCAGAAAAGUGCAACAUUCAGGUUCCUAUGGAGGUUGUAAAUUUAAUUGAUGAUGGGAAGAAUCCGGAUGAAUUUACCAGAGAUAUUAUUAACAACUGUAUUGCAAAGAAUCAGAUCACCAAAGGAAAAACGGACGCUUUAAAGAAUUUGCGCAAGCAUUUAUUGGAGGAAUUGGAGGUAAACUUCCCUGAUGAGGUUGAAACAUUUAGAGAAAGUCGUGCUGCUUCUGCUGCGGAAAUGAAACGUCUGGCACAGGCACAAAGUGUAUUACCCAAUGGAGAUGUGAGGGUUAAAGCAGAACAUUGAGUUAUAUAUUUCUGAUGCACUUGCUUUUCUAUAACUGGUAGUAUAGUAGUAAAGAACUAUUUAUAUUUCUUUUUCCCCUUUUUUUGUUGACUUUAUUUUUAAUUUAUUUGUAUAGUAAAUUUCAACACUGCAUCCUUGUUCUUGUUGUAGCUCUUGUAUCUUUUAUUACUUUUCUAUUUUUUAAUGUACUGUUUUUUUUCUUGUUCUA